CGCUCCGCGGAACUCUCGCGAGGUUUGCGGCGGGGCCGGGCCCCUGCUCCGUGCAAAUGGCGGCGCGGAGGCCGGGCCGGCCGGGCGGGCUGAGGUGAGGCCGGGGAGGCGGGCGGCACGGCCAUGGAGCACAUCACCACCCCCAAGGUUGAAAAUGUGAAGUUGCUAGAUCGCUAUACAAACAGGAAGGCAGCAAACGGGACGUUAUACCUGACAGCCACCCACCUCAUCUAUGUAGACGCUUCUGCUGAAGUCAGGAAAGAAACAUGGAUUCUGCAUCACCAUAUUGCGACUGUAGAAAAAUUGCCCCUGACCACGGCCGGGUACCCGCUCCUUAUUCACUGCAAGAACUUCCGCGUGGCUCAUUUUGUUAUUGGGCAGGAACGUGACUGCCACGAGGUGUAUACCUCACUGCUGAAACUUUCACAGCCAGCGAAGCCUGAAGAACUUUAUGCUUUCUCUUAUAAUCCUAAAAUGUCUAAAGAGAACCGGGAGAUUGGAUGGAAGCUGAUUGAUUUAAAAGUAGAUUACCAACGUAUGGGAAUUCCAAACGACUACUGGGAAAUAACAGACGCUAAUAAAGACUAUGAGGUUUGCAACACGUAUCCUCCAGAAAUAGUGGUGCCUAGAGCUGCUAAUAAGGCCGUGGUGAUCGGAAGUUCAAGGUUCAGAAGCAGAGGGCGGAUUCCGGUGCUUUCUUACUUAUACAAAGAAAACAACGCUGCCAUAUGCCGGUGCAGCCAGCCGCUCGCCGGGUUCAGCGCACGCUGUCUGGAGGAUGAACAGAUGCUGCAGGCCAUCAGAGAAGCCAACCCUGGGAGCCCCUUCAUGUAUGUUGUAGACACAAGGCCAAAGUUAAAUGCCAUGGCCAACCGAGCUGCCGGGAAGGGUUAUGAGAAUGAAGAUAAUUAUGAUAACAUUCGCUUUAAAUUUAUCGGCAUAGAAAACAUCCACGUGAUGCGGAGCAGCUUGCAGAAGCUCCUGGAAGUGUGUGAGACAAAGUCCCCCUCAAUGAGCGAUUUCCUCACUGGGCUGGAGAACUCAGGCUGGUUGCGGCACAUUAAGGCUGUGAUGGAUGCCGGUGUCUUUCUUGCCAAGGCUGUGAAAGAUGAGAAGGCCAGCGUGUUGGUGCACUGCUCGGACGGGUGGGAUCGCACGGCGCAGGUCUGCUCCCUGGCCAGCCUCCUCUUAGAUCCGUUUUAUAGGACUUUUAAAGGCUUCAUGGUUCUAAUCGAAAAGGAGUGGAUUGCAAUGGGCCACAAGUUUGCACACAGGUGUGGCCAUUUGUACGGUGACCCCAAAGAAGUGUCCCCCGUCUUCACGCAGUUCGUGGAGUGCGUCUGGCAGCUCAUGCAGCAGUUCCCCUGCGCGUUUGAGUUUAACGAGCGUUUCCUUCUCGAGAUCCACGACCACGUCUACUCCUGCCAGUUCGGCAACUUCCUUGGGACCUGUCACAAGGAGCGUGAGGAUCUCAGAAUCUUUGAGAAGACCCAUUCUCUGUGGCCUUUCCUCCUACAGAAGAAGCAGGAAUUGAGAAAUCCUUUGUACAGAGGAUUUACAGCUUACAAAGAGCUCCAACCAAACACGCUGCCUUUCAGUUUCCAGUUUUGGUGUGGGAUGUAUAAUCGCUUUGACAAAGGAAUGCACCCAAAACAGAGUGUGUUGGAUCAUCUGCUCAGCUGCAUGAGCCAGAGGGUGAAACUGGAGGACAAUGCGUCUGAACUGGAAAAUAAACUUCCUUUCCUUGAUGGUCCUUUGCCCGCUGGAACUUGCUCCUUGUCUAAAGUGGGAAGUGCUGCUUCCAAAACCCCGAUGCUCAACACUCCUCAGGAUUACGAAGAGGAACCCCCCCCUGCGCUGAGCAACGGCGCCUCGGCAGAGGACUCGGUUAUGUCGGAUGGAGACCAAAAGCACAGAGAGAACCCGUCUGGUUCCGAGAAGCUCCAUCCCCUCCACGCCACCACCGCUGAUGGUUUGGACUUGGAGCCGAGGACGGGAAGCGGCUGCACCACUGCCGGGCUCUGAAUGCGGCCUUUGGGAAACCGCGUCCCCGCGAGGGUGCACCCACCAAACCGCUCGCAGCCGGGAGCCGGUCCGUACGUUCGCAGGGGGCCGCGCUCGCUGCAGGGAACAGUCUGCAUUUGGUUCGGUUCACCUUGUUUCGCAGUGAUGAAGAUGCACACGCUGCUCUGAGCGGUGUAAACCUUAAUUUCGAGUGGAGGCGCAGAUUGUGUUCAAGGUUAUGACCGCACACCAGUGCUGGUAUUUCGAGCUGGAAGAAAUCUUGGUCGGUUAAUGGAGUUGUGCAGUGUUUAUCACUGGAGUAGGAGAGAUGCAAUCCAUUUAUUCUCGGUGGUGGUGCCAGGUCAUCUUAAAAUGAUAAUUUCAAUUUAUCUUACAAUGAUAAAAUCUUGGUUUUCAGUGAAUCUCUGCAUGGAUCCUCACCUUGUGGCGGAACUGAUUCGGUUUUUGUUUCCUAUGCAUAUUUGUUAAACAAAACCAGACCCCCCUGUGCCUUUUGAUGGAGACCAUUUUAAUGUCUAGCCACGCGAUGUACUGUUUUUAUUAUUGUAGUGUAGAGUGUAGUAUUUGGUCUGCUUUGUAGUCAGUUUUUAAACAAGGUUUUUUUAUCUGCCACUGGCUUCUCUGCCCAUCCCCUGACUUCAGUAGCUUCGUUCUAAGCCGACCUUUCAAAUAAUAAGAUUUUCUGCACCUCAUGUACUGAUGUGAGAGUGCAACAAGCCACAAAGCCUGUAACGUCCCUCUGUCAAAAAUCCUCACAAUUAGAAAUGAGAAAAUAUAUUUUAUGAUCUUAUUUUAUGAUCUUGGUUAAAUCGAAGCAAGAGAAGGAACUCUUUGCUCAAAGCUGGAAUCAAUGUGCUUUCCUCACACCCGUUGAGAAGGCAGUAAUUACAGAUUAUUAUUAUUGAAGUGGGCCCUGAAACGAUUACUUCACAUCCCAUACUGAGUGAUUACAGCAAAUGUAAUCUCGGAUGUUAAAAUUACAUGAACCUUAGAGAUAUUUUGUCUGUGCUGUCAAGACGCGGAGAGAUGAACAUCCUAAUUUUGUGAAGGUGGUGACAAAAUCGGGGCUGUAUUGGCGCAAGAAGUGACACCUUGGCUGGGGCUCCGGCUCAGACUCACCCUGGUGCUUGUUAAUGCUAUUCGGCUUCUGUGAACUGCAGUGAUUUCAGCUGGAGCCGCUCACUUGAAGUUGUGUGUUUAAAAUGGAGACGCACGUUCCGUUUACGCAGGAGCCGCAGCGCUUGAUCUGGACGAGCCCCUCGAGCUGUGCUUCAUUGCACACAGUCCCAACCUUAGUGGCUUAGUGGUGGACUUGGUAGUUCUAGGUUAAUGGUUGGACUUGAUGAUCUUGAAGGUCUUUUCCAACUUAAAUGAUUCCAUGAUUCAUGAAGGCAGUUGUUUCAGACUUCUCAUUUUGCAGUGCAGGAGCAAGGGCCUUUCAGGUGCUUGCAGGUACUUCCUAUAGUCAUGAUGGAUAUUCCAAACACAGUCACAGUAGUAAUCAAGAAACCAACAUAUUAAAUGACUCACAUUAGUUAAUCACUAAAUAUCCUAGCAUAAAUAGUGCUAUAAAAUCCCACAUCUGGGAAAAACAAACUCAAGCAUUCAAUAUGUCAAAAUGAAGCAAUUGAUAUUUAACUUUAUGACAUGUUUUUGACUACACAGUACCCCUCUCUGAAACAGAAAUAUUAUAGACUGACUUCUUUCCUAUGUUACCUGCCACCAACCUCUGCUGGUUGUUCAGAAAGUGACCUGAUGGUGAUGAUGGUGGUAAUGAUAGGAUGCUGUUUGGAAUUAACUCUGCUGUCUGACAGAAUUGACCCUGGUUUGUACGUAUAGUUGGCAUUUCCAUAAAUGAACCAGACACCUGCAAGCACGCAGUCCUCCCUCAUAUAAAUGCAAAGUUUAUGUCUUUGGACAUCUAUGCUUGCUAACGGUUGUCUCCAUAAUAUAGAAGGAUCAUUCCAGAUGCUCUCUGCUUGCUUUUGGAUCUCGUUGUUUAAAUUACAUGCUGCCGUUUUUUAAUGUUGCAGGCUUUUCGUUCUUAAAGGAGUAAUGUUGAAGUAAUUUUUAAAAAAUAGUUGGUUUUGAGGUAGGAGCGAGAGAACUACAACAUGCGACUGAUCUGAGAACUAACGUAAAGUACUGGACCCGAUAUGCUUAAGCAGAUGUUUGUAUCAAAAAUACAGCAGCGAUGUGUUUAUUUUGAAGGACGUGCUUUUCCAAAUGCACGUUUUCUCAGAUCUCCACAUGAGUAUCUGCUGUUGAGUCUCUUUGCUCCUAAAAAGAGAUCUGCUAAGCUCCUAUAUAAAAUUGGAUAGUCCAGCAGCCUUCUAAGUUGGCCGUACCCACGUACUCAAGUGAAGAGGUUGCACCCUACGUCUUAAUGUGGCUGCUGUGGGCACCCAGGGCUCAGAAUCCACGGUGGGUUUUCUAUGUCCUGUUGCUUCCUAGUGGAGCAGCGUCUUGGCAGUUUGGAGCCCGUUUCGUAUGGAAUUGUAGAACAGUUUGGGUUGAAGGGACCUUCAAAGCUCAUCUAGUCCAACCCCUGCCCUGAGCGGGGACAUCUCUCUUUAGGACCAGUUAUUUUAGGUGUCAUCAGUUCUUUUAAUGUGAUCUCUAAUCAGAAUUAGAGAUACAGAACUGUAGGGAAUUUUGACUGACUACUGAAGGAUUUAGACAUGCCAUUGGUUAGUUUUGGUAUGAAAACGUUUUGCAGAAGGUUUCUAGAAAUGUUUACAUAUUUCCUUGGCUUCUGAAUUACCAUAGAUUACCUUGAAAAAAGCAUAAUAGUCUUUUGCUUAUUCCAAAAACGUGAUGCUGACAUCUCCACAAAUCCUUUUUGGAUACAGUAUUGCUACAGGUGCGUAUAACCAUGGAAAGAUUACUUCAUACACUGAAACUGUUAGGAAGCUUUUAGUAAUCUUGCUGCUUUUGCCUUCAGUAACAAAGCAAGGAAUGGCUUUAUACUUUGAAAUGCAAAACCUAGCCAAAAAUAAAAAGGGUAAUGAUGUGUCUUUUUAAACCUCUUGAAUUUAAUGUAUACAGACUUGGUCAAAGUCUGCAAUGUAUUAGAAAUUCUUCUUGCUGGUGCUGUAAUGUACGGAGCUGGGAAAGAUUCCAGGGUUUCCUGGCUUUCCCUGAGCUUAUUUGUUUAAAAACCAAUUAGCUAGAAGCUUUUUAGUUUUGACAGUAACUCUUGGGUGUUUCACGACCAAACAUGAAAAGCCGUUUGAAGCUGUGCAGCGUGUCUUCAGGUCUCAGCUCCACUAGGCCUGGCUUCCCAAAGCCUGGCAGGAGGCCUGGGCUUAGUCCUGUCCUGCUGCCAGCACUGAGCGACGCGAUGGCCGUUCCCGAAAAGCGUCGCAGGAGGUCUAAAAGCUGGUGUGUAGGAAUCCCCUGAUGUAAGCGAUCAGUUACUAUAACUUAUUUAUUCCAUUGUGAAGUGAGGGACGCUGGUCUUGGUUUGGAGCUGGGAGGUGAGCGGUGCAACUCGCUGCUUUCCCUGUGGAUUCCUCUCGCUGGGCGGGAGGAGAGACCCUGUUUGCUGUGGAUGGGCCCUUUUUGGGUCAAACUCUUCCUUUUCUGGAGCAUCUCUUGCUUUACCAAGACACUCCGUUGUGUCAUGCCCACACAUAAUGUCUGUCUUGUUACAAAUAGGUAGAAAACAGGCAAGUGCUGGUCACAUUCUGCAUUAAAGCCACUACUUUGGAGUAGAAGAGGGACCCGUGCAGCUUUAUUUCUCAGCUGAAAUGUCUUAACGUGAACUUCACAAUGCUGGAUUCUUAAAGUGUGUUUUGUUUCGCAGUUGUUGCCUGUGGUGAAGAAAAUCCAGUCGGUGCUCUUUGCUUUACAGGACAAAAAUAAGGGAAUGAUUGGUUUGCCCGUAGAUGUUGGGUUUAUCCCUUGGCCCCCUGUGUUCAGCAGCAGCAGUGACCGGGGAUUCCGGGGAGAUGCUGUUCUCCUUCCCACCACUCCGCCUUCUGAUGGGAUCAUUUUUUGCAUGGACCAAACCCAAGAAUCUCUUCUGAAUGUAGUAAUUAAUGCCCAGCACUUGAUUAAUUAGCUGAGGAAUGUCUCCAAGCAGCCCAUGUUUUUGUAAGCAUCUGUAGAGCAAUCAAGUCAGUGCCGCUUGCCGUCGGUGUGAUUUGUUAUUUGAUCUGCGUCCUUUGGGCACCUCCAAGCUACAAAGGCGAUGUGGAAAGCGGGUGGGUGAAAGUGAUUGACCUCUAUCUCUUCCCAUAUCAUUUACCUGUGAAUAUGUGUCUGUAUUUAAUGUAGCAGUGUACUACUGGAAUAGCGUGUAGCACUGGAUCUCGUCCUGAGUAACUACGCACACAUGCCUGCUUUUCCAUUCAUCCACAAACGCAGCUUCGUAGGAAUGUACCUAAAAUUAUGUGUAGAACUCAGCUGAAUUGUCCAUGUUUUUGCCGUUUCUGUAAGUCGGUCGCUGUUUUUGUCGGUGUGUCUGUUGAGGGACAGUUGUAUACAAUUGUGGAUGAUGAAAUUCCAUAUUGAAUGUGCUGCGAUGGCUGUACACAUCAGUCACUUUAGUUAAUGCACUGCUUAAAAACAAACGUACCAUGUUUAGAGGAGCACUGUGUCUUUUUUUUCUCUGAAUGUAUUUGUUCCAUGAAGUUUCACUUGUAUUACAGUUUAUUUUUAUUCCCUACAAAAAUAAAUCCCUUGCCUUUUUGAAGUAAA